UAUUCGGACGAUUAAAUUAUUUUUAUUCGUCCGAUAUUCGGACGAUUAAUUUAUUUUUAUUCGUCCGAUAUGUUAAGUCUUAUUAUGUUGAAGAUUUUCAUUGAGUACCAACAUUCCCAAAAUUAUAUAAUAUUGCAAAUAGCCCUAAAUUAUAAGUGUAUUUAUAUAGGUGCGAUAUAGAGGUAAAUAAAAAUAUUGAAAAGGAAGUGUAGCUAAAUAUAUGAGUUAUACUUUUUAAAAAAAUAGAGAGGUAAUUCAAGAAAUGAUAAAAUAUACAACAUACACGAAGAGGUUAUGUUUAUGUUUUGUCUACAUUCCAUAUAGAAAAUAAGCUAGUUAUAAAAAUAUUUAAUUCAUUUUCAAUAAUUAAUUGAUAUAAUUGAUUGACAUUUUAAAAGGACCUAUAGAGGUAAGGGUACUCAUACAAUGUGAGGCAUGUGAUGUGAGGUGUGCUUUGGUCUCGAAAUAUUGGAAUGAAGAUUUUAAAUACUAACAUGCAUAUUUAAUCCAAUAUCAAUUAUAUUACCAUAAAUCUUAUAUAAUUAAAAAUAGAAAAAUAUGUGAUGAUUUGAAGCCAACUAAUACAUUAAUAUAAGAAAAUUCCACAGAGAAUAAUGAGAAUGAAUUUAGGAUCUACUUUUCAACUACAUCUGAACCAUGUGUAAUAUGAGUGUAAUGAAUCAAACUGACCAGUGUGCUUACUCGGCAGUACCGGAAUGCCAAAUGCGUGCAGCGCUGCGACUCGGGACCUGAGUCUCGGGUCAGUAUGAAUCAAUGUUAUGGUGGGGGUGACAGUGCAACGGGGGUGGCAGUAUACCAGGAUAUCAUGGAACAGGUGAACAGGAGUCAAAUUCUUCGACAAAUGAGAAAUCAACAAAAGAAAAUUAAUCUUCCCGAAUUAGGAAAUUCAUUUAAUGACUUUAAAAUUUUAUUAGAUUUACCAGAAUGGAAUGAAUUGAAACUUCAUGAUGGUACCUCAAAUAUUAAUAUAUCAGUUUAUAACACCGGAGAAAAUUAUGCCUCAAUGACGUUUACGGAUAAUGAUAAUUUCAUUAAAUUUGCAGACAGUGAUACAUUAUAUUUAUUGACAGCUAAAAACUUUGAUAUUGAACCUUAUGCUGUUAACGAAAUUAUGUUUGUGAUAGUUGUUAAAAGUAACCGGGCAUAUGUAGUACUAUAAGUACUAAUAGCAACAGCUAGUGAUAAAUGCUAUCGUCCAAUUUUGAGGCAGUUAAAACAAACAAUGCCCAAUGUAACAAUGAUAUAUCCCAAUUACGAUCGGUUAUUGCAUGAAGAUUGUAAAGAAGAGUUUCCUGAUGCAGUUAUUAAAGGAACCUUAUUCAGUUACUGUAAUCAUAUUGUUAAUGAAUCUUUGAUACGUCUUCGUGGAGUUAAUAUUUUGCGCAAAGAUGAAAUUAUACAGAAAAUGUGUGCGUUACCGUUAUUACCUCCAGAACAAAUUACUAUUUGUUACCGGAAAAUACGUGAAUCUAUUCCUCAAGAAGAGCAGCAAAGCUAUGAUGAGUUCUUCAAUUUAUUUGCGGAGAAAUGGAUGGAAGGUGUUGGACCGGUAAAUUUUUCAAAUUAUAAUGACUUAAAGUCAUUACAAGAUGUGGAAAGGUCAACCUUUAAUAUCUUCAGUAACUACUGGUACAGUAAUAAACACGGAAAUAAUGAUAUUUGGAAAAUUUUACGAUAUAAUCAGUACGUAGCGUAUGGUGCUGAAAGCAAUCUAAAAAAAUUAGAUGAAGGGAAAGAUCCGUGUAAUAAAAAUUGUCCAACUUCACAUUUAAUUCUUCAAGGAGGAAAGCCAGACAUAGAAAAAUUGUGGAGGAAAUUUUUAAAUGAUACCUUUGACAUUGACCACAUUUUGAGAUGUUUGAGAUUACAAGUUCGGCCAUGUUAUGAUAUAUUAAAUAAUAGCGAUCAACAAAGGAUUCGAUGCUCGGUUCUGCUCAUUGAUAAUGUACAACAACAAGCGCAAUUACAAGAAGAAGAUAACGAUAUUGUGAUGUUAGACCAUGACUACUUGCAAGUAGCUGCUGUUGAGGAAGUCGAACGUCACGCAAAUGAAGAUGAUGUGAUUGCCGCUCAUGAUAUUUGUCAGCCCUUAGAUGAAGCAGCAAAUCUUGAUGCCGCAGAUAAUGUCAUUGCAAACGAUGUAAAUGUCGCUGAUGAUGUUGGUCAGCUCUUAGCUGAAGCAGCAAAUCCUGAUGCCGCAGAUGCUGUCAAUCCAGACGAUGUGAUUGCCGCUCAUGUUGUUGAUCAGCCCUUAGCUGAAGCAGCACGUGUUGUCGCAGGUGAUCUGUCUGAAGAUGAUGACCAAAUUGGCAUCAAUGUGAACGAUGAUUUUGAUUUUUUGGCCGAUGCUCGAAACGUAGAAGGAUACAGAAGAAUAGCAGAGCUUGAAGCACGUGGCUUUACAAAUCUUCGCUAUAUUGGUAGUGGUCGUGUCAUUAGUGUCCGCAGAGAAGACGAUCAUGAAGCUAUAGAGGAAGAAGAAGGAAGAGAAGAGGAUAAUAGCUAGGCCUCCGUACCGGAACGACAACGAUGAGAUUUCCGCUAAGUGCUGCGUGUGUCUAGAGAACCGAAUUGCUUAAACAUUCGCACCGUGUAAUCAUUUUAUGAUUUGCCAAGCAUGCCUUGUUCAACUAUUAACAGAAGCAGACAGCAAUCUAUCACCAGGAUUGAAAUGCCCUGUAUGUCGGGCCUUUACAAAAAAAAUACGUCACGUAUUAUUUACCCAAUAAUUGUCAUGACUUUCAUUUCAAUAAUUCAAUAAAUUAAUCAAAAUUUUCACAAUU